AUGAAUUUUAGUGACGUACAACACUUAGUUGGAAAUUUUAGUGAUUACAUUGUGGUCAAUUGUGAAAUUAAGUACGCAAUUGCAUGCAUUGCCUUUAAUCCUAUUUUCUGGAACAUUGUUGCAAGAACCGAAUAUAAAACACAUUUCCUUACCAAAAUAACUGGAUCUGCUAAAGUCGGAUGCUAUUUGUUGGCAUUGACCAUUUUCAGUUUAGGGAUUUACAGGGAUAAUGUAUACCAUCAAGCAUUGCUCAAUCAACCAACUUACGGCCCUCUCUUGAAGUCCAACCUUGUCAAGGCCUUAGCCAUAGGUACUUUCGGCUUUGGAAAUGUCUUGGUCUUAUCAUCUAUGUAUGUGUUGGGUGUUACAGGUACAUACCUUGGGGAUUACUUUGGGAUCUUGAUGGACGAUCGUGUUACAGGAUUCCCAUUUAACAUUAACGACAAUCCUAUGUACAAUGGAUCCACAUUAUGUUUCUUGGGUACUGCUUUAUGGUACGGUAAACCAACCGGUAUUGCUAUUGCUGGAUUUGUAUAUGUCAUGUACAAAAUAGCCUUAUUUUUUGAAGAGCCAUUUACUGCAAAGAUUUACGCCAACAGAGACAAGCAAUCCAAGAAAGUACAAUAG